AUGUCAAACCUUGAACAAAACUUCAUAAUUGAAAAUAUAGAUUUUACUGAAAACAGCUCAGAGUCACUAUACUCUAGUGAAUCUGAUGUUGAGUCUAAUAGUGAGUCUGAUGACUUUCCUAUUCUUGAGCUUGAUAUUAACACACUUU